GUCGUGCCAUCGGGAAAAGACAAUAUCUGAGGGCGCGCGCGAGAGAGAGAGACGCACCAGAGACCCUCCGGGUGGGCGACACCUCCAGAGACCCAACAACACGAAGGAAACGUGGAAUAAGGAAAUCGGAUCGGCUAAAAAACAAGGAUCAGAUGGUUUCCUCAUGCCGGGAAGUGACGGCUCUUCGACCCUGAGUGCGUGACGCGCCGCUCUCCCUCUGAUGAGGGUGUAGAAUGGAAACGAGCCUCUACCCAGGCACCGCGCUCAACACCCCGAGGCUCCCCGGCUUCUACCCCCACAGCACGAUGAUGAAGAAGGACAUCAAUCUGAACCUGGAAGAGCAGAACUCCGAGCUGAAAGCGAACCCGCUCCGGGACACGGACGGACUCCUCAACUCCCCGGACCUGGGUCUCCUGAAGCUGACCUCCCCGGACCUGGAGCGCCUCAUCAUCCAGUCCAACGGGCUGGUCUCCUCCGGCAACCCCGCCUCCCAGUUCCUCUACCCCAAGUCGGCCAGCGACGAGCAGGAGUUCGCGGAGGGCUUCGUGAAGGCGCUGGAGGACCUCCACAAGCAGAACCAGCUGAGCGAGGCCGGCUGCGUCUCCGUGGACCGGCUGGAGCUGCUCGGAUCGGCCGCGGCGGCGGGCGGCGGCGGCGGCCCGGCGGGGCUCCAGGCGUCAGACCUCCCGGUCUACACCACCCUGAACGGCUACGCGGCCAGUCCGCUGGGCGCCACCACCAUCAACUACUCCACGGACACCAUCCCCUUCCCGCCGCCCCCGGCGGCUCAUCUGAGCGGCGCGCAGCAGCAGCAGGCGGCGGCGGCGGCGGCCGCGCUGUCACGACUCCAGACGGUCGGCGCGGUGAAAGACGAGCCGCAGACCGUGCCGGACAUGCAGAGCUUCGGGGAGAGCCCCCCUCUGUCCCCCAUCGACAUGGACAACCAGGAGCGCAUCAAGGCGGAGAGGAAGAAGCUGCGGAACCGGAUAGCCGCGUCCAAGUGCCGCAAGAGGAAGCUGGAGCGCAUCUCCCGGCUGGAGGACAAGGUGAAGACGCUGAAGACGCAGAACACCGAGCUGGCCUCCACGGCCAGCGUCCUCCGGGAGCAAGUGGCCCAGCUCAAGCAGAAGGUCAUGAACCAUGUGAGCAGCGGAUGCCAGCUGCUGCCGAACCAGGUCCAGGCGUACUGAGGCGCUCGGUGCGCUCUGAGGGACAUCUGCCUUUCUGUAACCAAAAAAAUGAAAAAAAAAAAAUGGAAGGACUUCAUGCAUCCUGCACUAACAGACAUUUUGAUUGCGCUGCAGGAACAAACAGGCCCUGGAC